GGAGGUUCAGGAUGGACUGGAAGUCUGCCUCCAGCACCGUUUAUAAACAAAGCCCCUUCACACACCUUACGGUCAUUGUUUACGUAGAUCCAUGUAUGCUAUUUCUGCCUGAAUCUUUCUUCAGCCUUACAGUUGUGUGGAGAUCUACAGGGUAAAAGCAAGGAAUAAACAUCUUCAGCAUCUUCAAUCUUAUCUCAGCAUCUUUUACCCGAAAGCUUUAGCAUUCUCUGUGCAGAGAAGAUCAUAUCACAGUGGAAUCCUGGUGGAGUUUUGCAGUCAAGUUCUUUCUGAUAAGAUCCAAAACCAGCUGCAACCAUUUCACCUCCAACAGCCAUGUACAGCUCCAACUACUCCCGGGCCAAGAUUGGCCUGGAAGCAAGGGAGCCACUGCAUAAACCCAAAGGAAAGAGCUGCGGGUACUACAUGAGGAUCAUCUUCUUCUUUUCUUCUCUCAUCCAGUCGCUCAUCAUUGUCAGCCUGGUUCUUUUCCUCAUCUAUGGACAGCCAGAAAAGUCUGCAGAGGAGAAGAGGGUCAAAGACCUGGAGCUGGGUUUCAACAAGCUGAGUGACAACAACAUACAGCUGAGGAAGGAGAAGGCUGAGCAGGGAGCUCAGCUGGCAGCUCGCACAGCUGAGAAAGCAGCUCUAGAGAAAGAGAUGGCAAAGCUGAAGAAUGAAAGCAACAACACAGAACAAGACCUGAGGAAAAAAAUUGCUUCCUGUGAAAAAACAACAGCUUCUCUAACAGCGAGCUUGGCGAAACGUGUCUGCCCUCCAGUUCAGCCUCCUCCUGUAAUCACUUCUAGCAGUGAAGUAAAGACUUUGCAGUCUCUCAACGCUCAGCAGAAAGCUAUGAUAGAGCUUAUAAAUUCAAACUUCACUCAGAUGGUUCAGUAUCUGAGCCAGGAGAGAGACAAUGCCCUCAAAGAUCGAGAUCAACACCUUGGGGAUACCAUUAAGUUGCGCAGAGAUAACGCCCUUCUGAGGGAGCAAAUUAUCUCUUACACCAGGAAGUGCAAAGAGGAUUUUGCACAUUCUUUGGACGGGAUCCAGACGGUGACCAAGGAUUUCCUGGACCGGAUCAACAACCUGUUUCCCCACCAGAUGACCUUCCACCUCACCUGUGACAGCCAGAUGGAGCGAAUGGAGAAGAUAAGAAAUAGCUGCACAAAUCUAUCCAGAGACGUAGAGAACAAGUUCCAGGUGUAUCUGGACAACGUGGGCAGGAAGGUGUCUGAAAUUCAAGCCCUUUCGAGUCAGCUGGAGGUGCUGAACCUGCGUUUGACCUCCGACCUGCAGCAGUGCAAUGACAAUCACAAAGAGAUGAUCUCCAAGGCUGCAAAAGACUUAGAGCUCAAGCAAAAGGCUCAUGAUGACCAGGUGGAGAAUUUAUUGAUGGAGCAGAACCGACUGAGAGAACAGAAGAGUCUCCUGGAGGAGAGGGUGGCCCUGAGAGAGAGGGAGCUUCUGACUUUGCAGGGAAUGCUGCCUAACAAUAAAGCUGGUCCUUCUAAAACCAGCUCCCUGCCAGCCGCUUCUCAGCUGGGCAGAUAGACUGCAGAUAACUGGCCUCAUAGUGAAUCACCUGCUAUCAGCAAAACCUCAACGGAGAUUCAGAAUGAACCAGCCAGCCAAAAAUUAUCUGCACCCACCUGUCUACAACUUUCAAGAGGACAGAAACCAGCACCAGCAACAAUGUGAACAGCAUUAUUAUCUUUUAAAAGAACAUGUAUGUAGUCAUAUAACACACUUUAACAUGAUCUGUAAAUACUUUUCUGUCUCAUUAACAACAUGAGCUGAUUGUUGUUUAGCUCUGCUUGUUACUUAUAGUUCAUUUGUGUUGCAUUUGCAGUAGCUAUGAAAUGUCUCUAUCUCUAUACCCAGGUGAAUGUAAAAAUAUUAGACACUGAUGUAAAUAUAUUCUCGAGUGUCACUCACUGUGGUUUGUAUUUAGAAAAAUCAGCUAUAGAACAGACUAAAAUGGACUUAUUCUAUAAAAAUAUCAUCCUUGAUCUCCUUUGUCUUGCUGGCAGUAAAAAUUGAACAAAGCCUCAGGCAGGGAUUCAGGCUGCAGCUGCUCACUAGUCUGCUGUAAAUCACUCUAAGAAUGGCUGCAUUUAAGUUUUCCGGUGAUUCACGUGGAUUUUAAAUCCAGCCUGUUUAACAAUACACACAUCAGGGCUGCACAUAAACACAUCAUCACAUCUGCAGUUAUUAGCUGCCUGUAGAAAUGUAGGUCAAAAAUAAGAAGGAAGACACGUGACACGAUUUAGACUCUGCAGUUUUUAUGGUGAAAGACUUUUAACUGCCUUUUUAAUGGCAUAUUUUACAACUAUACUAGCUAUUAUAUGAACUGUUCUCAAGCUUUACUACUUCCCUUUCCUUGCAGAAGCAGAGGCAAGGUGCACAUACAGCUAUGUAGCUGGAAACAGCUGUUGUCUUUUUUAUGAUUAUUAUGAGCCCAGUUUGGUACAGAAAAAACUGAAAAGUUAAAACACUGCAUGUGUAAUAGAAGAUGUUACUGCAUUUUCCAGAUAUCUCUUCAUUUAGUCUGAAAUGGUUCCAACAUCUAAAGAUUUCCUCAUUAUUACUUCUUUUGUAAAUAAUGUAAACUUGGUAAAAUAAUGCAAUAUCCAUAUAUACACUGCAAUGUUGUAAAAUAUUAAUAUUAUACAGUGUUAACUGCUGAAUUCAUCUGUCACAUGGAAUCUUCUGACGUUAUUAAUCUUUAAAUAAAAAUAUUUUUCUUCC